AGAAGGAGUGGAAGAGGAAGGAUCAGAGGGAUGAAGAUGAUGAGGAGGACGGCGAGCUAGAUGACGAGCUGUGGGGCCUCCGAGCGCUGCAGAGACAAGAGCUCAACAAGAUUCAAUCUAAUUUGGGAAAAAUCAUCCUGAAGGAGGAGCUGGAGAAAUCUGCUGCUCCUCUGAGGAGGAAAACUCGAUCACUGCCCGACCGCAGCCAACACACCGGGUCCAACGCCUCCAAGUUGGUCUAUUUCCCAGCGUCCUCUCGGAGCGGCCUGUCCAGGCUGCAGUCGGCAGAGUUCAGCUCCUCAGAGAAAACUCCUGCAGAUCUUCAGAACGGAGACUCGAGGAUGGACAGAGGAAACUCUCUUCCCAGCAUGUUGGAACAUAAGAUCUGUCCCUAUGAUGUGUUGGUGGUGACUCACAGAGGACGGAGCAAACUGCCCCCCGGCGUAGACCGAACCAGGCUGGAGAGACACCUCUCUCAGGAGGAGUUCUUCAGUGUUUUCGGGAUGUCCAUCGAGGAGUUCGACAGCCUCUCUCUUUGGAAGAGGAACGACCUGAAGAAAAAAGUCUGUCUCUUCUGAUGCCACCGGGACAGCAUCUCCCACAACCUCCUGCUCUUCCCAGAUCAUCGCAGGACCCUGAAACCACACGGACUCAUUAUUAUCGCCACCGCCACCGCCACCGCCACCGCCACCGCCACCGCCACCGCCAUCACAGCGACAGCGAGCCCCCAGGUUUAAUCCCCGGUGAACUUUGAGUGAGUUUCCUGCUGCAGAGCUUCAGUUUCAGCGUCUGUAUUAAAACCAAACCGCAGUGCAAGCACAAAGAGUCAGCCCACAAUGUGAAGCUGCAGUCUGGAGCUGCAUACUGAAGCUGCAGUCUGAAGCUACAAACUGAAGCUUCAGUUUGUAUCUGAAGCUACAAAAUGAAGCUUCAGUUUGUAUCUGAAGCUACAGUCCUAAGCUUUAGUUUGUACUGAAAGCUGCGGUCUGACACUUAAUUUUUUAUCAGAAGCUGCAGCCCGAAGCUUCAGUUUGUAUCUGAAGCUGCAGUCUUAAGCUACAAACCAAAGCUGCAUGCUGAAGCUUUAGUUUGUAUCUGAAGCUGCAGUAUGCCUCUUGAGAGAUGUAUUCCUUUAGGGUUGCGAAUUUUAAGGACUUUUCUCAACUGAUAAAUCGAUAAAGGUAACAAUCGAUCAAUCGUCAUUUGAAAAAAAAAACACAAAAACUUUGCUUAUUUCAAACAAAACCAAAUUUGUUUUGUCCUCAGUCAAAGCUCACAGAAACAUAUUGCAUAUGUUUUGACAGGAGUCUGUAGCCUGUCGAUUCAUCGAUUAAAUUUCACAUAUUCGAGUAAAUUCUUAAGGACCGAUUAAUCAACCAUCGAUUAAUUGUCAUCAUCCCUAAUUUCCAUCAGACUGCAGUAAAUAUGAAAUUGCGGAGCUCUAAAAGACAAACAUUCCUGCUGACUUGGAGUCCGAAUUCGAUGCAGAUCUGACUGUAGGAACCGAGCUGUCGGCCAUCUUUAGAAAGGAUCGUUCCUAUUGGCUCAGCCAGCUAUGAUGUCACGACGACAGGGUUUCUCUCGCAGCACGUAAAAAAGAAAAAACUCUGAGACAGUUUGAUCACAGUCCGAUGUUCAAGAUCAACAUUUUUUUAAAAAUGUGUAAAACAAUCAAACAGCUGCUGGGCCUUGGAUUUAUCCUAAAAAUAUUUGUCUUAUUAUGAAUUACUUUCCUCAUCAGAGUCCAGACCUGUGAUGGAAAGUUGUUUAAUUUUUCUUCUGCUUUAAUUCAGAGUUGAUUUGGAAAAAAAAUCUCUAAAAAUCUGGAAGAUGUCACAGCAAAAACAACCUGUGAGGUGGCAGGAAACAGUGAUGUGCUGGUAAAAACUGGUCUGGAUCAGUCGUCUCGUCGUGCUGUCACAUAUAAUCUAACGCAUCUGCAGUUUGCAGAAAUAAACAAUACCAACAUUUCCCUCCAGUGACUUGGCUGAUGUGUGACAGUUAAACAUGAGUUUAAUUCAGACAUCAAAUCUUUGAAAACCUGGUUGGACAUCGGUUUUCUUGUUGUGCCUUUAGAUGUCUUUCAAAAGCCAUUUAACCCUUUGAAACUGGAGUAAAUUGAUUUGAUUUCUUCAAAAACACUGGGAAAAAUGUAAUGACCAA